AAUCCAUUCAAUAAAACGCAAGGCGAGUGGCCACAAAUAAACUAAUGAGCAGUUAGCCGCCUCAGAGCCGGGGAUGGGUUGGGCAAUCGCUCUCCAUGGCGGAGCCGGCGACAUCCCGUUCUCGCUCCCUGAGGAGCGUCGGGCUCCGCGUGAGGCCACCCUCCGUCACUGCCUCGACCUCGGCGUCGCCGCCCUCAGAGCCAACCGACCACCCCUGGACGUCGUUGAGCUUGUGGUUCGCGAGCUAGAAAAUAGCCCAUGCUACAAUGCUGGAAAAGGUUCUGUAUUGACUACUGCUGGGACGGUAGAAAUGGAAGCGUGCAUUAUGGAUGGUAACACAAACAAUUGUGGGGCUGUGUCAGGUCUUUCGACUGUUGUUAAUGCUAUAUCUCUGGCACGACUUGUCAUGGAGAAAACCCCACAUAUUUAUUUGGCAUUUGAUGGUGCUGAGGCAUUUGCAAGAGAACAGGGUGUAGAAAUUAUGGAUCCAAGCCACUUCAUAACUCCAGAAAACAUUGAAAGGCUGAAGAAUGCAAAAGAAGCUAACAGAGUCCAGAUUGAUUAUACCCAGCCCAUCAAGGCAAAUUCAACAAAUGACCAAGGUGACAGCCAAAUUGGGACUGUAGGAUGUGUCGCAGUCGACAACCAUGGAAACUUAGCUUCAGCAACAUCAACUGGGGGGUUAGUUAACAAGAUGGUUGGCAGAAUAGGUGAUACACCCAUCAUUGGCUCAGGAACUUACGCCAAUUCAUUCUGCGCCGUCUCUGCUACUGGCAAAGGUGAAUCCAUAAUCCGUGCCACGGUCGCGCGUGAUGUUGCUGCGUUGAUGGAGUACAAGGGGCUUUCUCUGAAAGAAGCAGCAGCUUACGUCGUCGAAAAAGUUCCUAAAGGCAAUGUCGGCCUUGUUGCAGUAUCUGCCAAUGGAGAGGUGACUAUGCCUUUUAACACAACAGGAAUGUUCAGAGCCUGUGCUACAGAAGAGGGUUACUCAGAAAUUGCGAUAUGGCCUGUGGAUAGCAAUGGCAUCUCGGAAGAUUCUCAGAAAUAAGGCAACAUUUGCUGUGUGGUAUGAAAUCCUACUCUGUUAUUUGUGAUCAUUGCAUUUCUUAUCAUAUUGUCAUCUCCAACUCUAAAUUAUGUUUUGAAGUAUUGAUCAUUCUGCUUAGGACUUAUGAGCUAGAUGAACAAUUCGAAUUAAAUUGAAAGUUUCCAA